AAGAUUCAUCAGAGAGUUCACACUGGAGAGAAUCUACACAGCUGUGAUCAAUGUGGGGCAGCUUUCACACUACACAGUACCCUAAAAAACCAUCAACGCAUUCACACUGGAGAGAAGCCAUACAGCUGUGAUCAAUGUGGGGCAGCUUUCACACUACAGGGUAACCUAAAAAGACAUCAACGCAUUCACACUGGAGAGAAGCCGUACAGCUGUGAUCAAUGUGGGUCAGCUUUCACACUACAGGAACACCUAAAAUUACAUCAACGUAUUCAUACUGGAGAGAAGCCGUACAGCUGUGAUCAAUGUGGAAAAACUUUUUCUCUGAGUCGUAACCUUGUACGCCACCGACUUGUUCACACUGGAGAGAAGCCGUACUGGUGUGAACAAUGUGGAAAAACUUUUUCUCUGAGUAGUAACCUUGAAUGCCACCGACGUGUUCACACUGGAGAGAAGCCGUACAGCUGUGAUCAGUGUGGCCAAACGUUUUCUCAGAGUAGGAGUCUUGAAAUUCACCGACGUGUUCACACUGGAGAGAAGCCGUACUGCUGUGAUCAGUGUGGGGCAACUUUUUCUCAGAGUAGUCACCUUGAAAACCACCGACGUGUUCACACUGGAGAGAAGCCGUACUGGUGUGAACAAUGUGGGGAAACAUUUUCUCGGAUUGGUAGCCUUAAAAGACACCAGCGCAUUCACACUGGAGAUAAACCUUACCGCUGUGAUUUAUGUGGUAAAACCUUUGCUGAGAGUGGUAGCCUAGAAAGCCACCGACAUGUUCACACUGGAGAAAAGCCGUACUGGUGUGAACAAUGUGGGAAAUCUUUUUCUCAGAGUAGAAGCCUUAAAAGACACCAGCUCAUUCACACUGGAGAGAAGCCGUACAGCUGCGAUCAAUGUGGGAAAACUUUUUCUAGGAGUGGUCACCUAGAAAGCCAUCGACGUGUUCACACUGGAGAGAAGCCGUACUGGUGUGAACAAUGUGGGAAAACUUUUUCUCACAGUAGUAGCCUUAAAUAUCACCAGCGCAUUCACACUGGAGAGAAGCCGUACUGGUGUGAACAAUGUGGGAAAACUUUUUCUCAGAGUGGGAGCCUUAAAAGACACCAGCGCCUUCACACUGCCUCGUAGUGAACAUGUUUCCGAGCCAAGCUGUUUCAUCCUGCCUCCUCCUCAUGCCCUGAUAGCUGUGUUGUUAUAUUCUGAUCUUCUCUCCACAUUGAAGGCUGACCAGCAGUAACUUGAUCUUCUGAACAGCAUGGAUGUUAUCCUGGCUACGACUACAUAUUACACUCCCUCCCUUUGAAAGGAUUCAUUUCACUCAAAAUUAGCUUUUUUUUCCUGUAAUACAAUAUGUUGAG